GGAUUAGUCGGAACAGCGGGACCGGGAGCCGGGGGAGCAGCGGCACAGCGGGCCUGGGCGCCGGGAAUUAAUCGGAGCAGCGGGACCGGGAGCCGCUGCCCAGCCGGGGCCGCCCCGCGCGGCGCAGCCAAUGCGCUCCGGCGGGGCGGGCUACGCGGCGCCCGGUUCCGUUGUGCAACGCGCCAUGCUUUGAAGGCGCCCGUCAGCGGCGGAGGCAGGGCUCAUUCGGCGUCUGCCGCGGCGGGGCGGCCCCAUGCGGAGCCGGGGGGGGCGGCCGCGGCGCUAGGAGCGGCGGGGCAGGAUGACCCCUAUGCUGCGAGCGGCGGCGCGGCGGGUGCCGUGGGGCCGGGCGGGCGCGGCCAAGCGCGCUGCAUGUCUGCUGGCCGCCGCCUAUGGGCUCCGCGUCCUCUACCCCAUCCUCCGGCGGCGCGGGGGGCGGGCGGGCGCCCAGGGCGGCUCGCAGGAUGCCGAGGCGGUCCGCGGCAGAGCCGCCCCGGCCGUCAACGCGGAAUUCUUCAAACAGCUGCUGGAACUUCGCAAGCUGUUCUUCCCCAAGCUGGUGAGCCCCGAGCUGGGCUUGCUCUGCCUUCACUCGGUCGCUCUGGUUUCUAGGACUUUCCUGUCCAUCUACGUGGCCGCCCUCGAUGGGAAGAUAGUGAAAAGCAUCGUGGAGAAACAGCCCAGGAGCUUCGUCUUCAAGUUAAUCAAAUGGCUGAUGAUCGCGAUCCCGGCCACUUUCGUGAACAGCACCAUCCGGUACCUGGAGUGCAAGCUGGCCCUCGCCUUCCGCACGCGCCUGGUGGAUCGCGCCUACGAGACCUACUUUGCCAACCAGACCUACUACAGGGUGAUCAGCAUGGACGGGCGGCUGGCCAACCCUGACCAGUCCCUCACUGAGGACAUCAUGAUGUUCUCGCAGUCUGUGGCGCAUCUCUACUCCAACCUCACCAAGCCCAUCCUGGAUGUGGUGCUCACCUCCUACACCCUCAUCCGCACGGCACGGUCCCGGGGUGCCAACCCCAUCGGACCCACGGUCCUGGCGGGGCUCGUCGUCUACGCCACGGCCCGCGUGCUCAAAGCCUGCUCGCCCAAGUUUGGCAAGCUGGUGGCUGAGGAGGCACAGAAGAAGGGCUACCUGCGCUUCAUGCACUCGCGCAUCAUCGCCAACGUUGAAGAGAUUGCCUUUUACCGAGGGCACAAGGUAGAAAUGAAACAGCUGCAGAAAAGCUACAAGGCUUUGGCAGAUCAAAUGAAUCUCAUUUUGUCCAAACGUUUAUGGUACAUCAUGAUAGAACAGUUCCUGAUGAAGUAUGUCUGGAGUAGCUGUGGUAUGAUUAUGGUCGCUGUGCCCAUCAUCACUGCAACAGGAUUUGCAGAUGGAGAACUGGAAGAUGGCCAGAAACAGGCAAUGGUUAGUGAAAGAACAGAAGCUUUUACUACAUCACGAAACCUGCUGAUCUCUGGUGCAGAUGCUAUUGAAAGGAUUAUGUCCUCAUACAAAGAGGUUACUGAGCUAGCAGGCUACACUGCCCGUGUCUACAACAUGUUUUCAGUCUUUGAUGAGGUCAGAAGAGGCAUCUACAAAAGAACUGCUGUUAUUCAAGGGUCUGAAAACAACAGCAAGAAUGAAGAUAAGGUAGAAUUACACAUUGAUGGGCCCUUAGAAAUCAAAGGGAGAGUUAUUGAUGUUGAUCAUGGAAUUAUUUGUGAAAACGUUCCUAUUAUUACUCCGAAUGGUGACGUGGUGGUUUCCAGACUAAACUUCAAAGUCCAGGAGGGGAUGAAUCUUUUAAUCACUGGACCAAAUGGCUGUGGAAAGAGCUCGCUUUUCAGAAUUUUAAGUGGCUUGUGGCCUGUGUAUGAAGGAGUUCUCUACAAACCCCCUCCACAGCACAUGUUUUAUAUACCACAGAGGCCCUACAUGUCCAUUGGAACGCUACGUGAUCAAGUCAUCUAUCCAGACUCAGUGGAUGACAUGCACGAGAAAGGCUACCAGGAUCAAGAUCUGGAGUGUAUCCUGCAUAUGGUUCAUCUUUACCACAUAGUUCAAAGAGAAGGAGGCUGGGAUGCCAUCAUGGAUUGGAAAGAUGUCUUAUCAGGAGGAGAAAAGCAAAGGAUGGGCAUGGCUCGGAUGUUUUAUCAUAAGCCGAAAUAUGCAUUGCUGGAUGAAUGCACAAGUGCUGUAAGCAUUGAUGUUGAAGGAAAGAUAUUCCAAGCUGCAAAAGCUGCUGGGAUAUCCCUGCUUUCUAUUACACACAGACCUUCUCUUUGGAAGUACCAUACUCACUUGCUGCAGUUUGAUGGACAAGGAGGCUGGCGUUUCGAGCAGUUGGACACCGCUAUCCGUUUAUCACUGAGUGAGGAAAAACAGAGACUGGAAUCCCAACUCGCAGGAAUUCCUAAAAUGCAGCAGAGACUGAAUGAACUGUGUAAAAUCUUGGGAGAAGACUCUGUGCUUAAAACAAUGGACAAAGAGGACUAAAUAAUUUAUGUUUUGUGUUUUUAAAAGUAUUUUUUUAGUUAAAAGCAUUACAAAUUCAGCCAUUAUCCUUUGCAUGCAUUGUGAUAGAGGCUUAGAGCAUAGAAAAACACAGCCAGCAAAAAGUAAUGCUCUGAAUACUAUGUAAGACUUUAGCAUUUUAGUAUUAAGGAAGAAAUCGGUUGAACUGCAAAAAGAAAUAAGGAAGUGCACAGAGUAUAAGAUUAGUCAUGCAGCUUAUGUUAAUUCCCAGUGAAAGCCCGAUUCACUGCAAAAAUCUACCAACACGCUUAGGUUUUGUAGGUGAAUUUUUGUCUGAGACUUGGCCUGCAGAAUGUGCUCUUGUACCAGGUCACUGUGUGCAUAUGAUAUGCCUGCUACGCAGAGCAGACCUGGCAUGAAACUCAGGCAUGGAGCACGGCAGAGGCAGCAUCUGGGUGAGCAUGCAGAUGCAUGCAAAAUCUCAUUUGGGUAUAAGAAACAUUCUUUCAGCCCGUGUAAAAUGAAAUCCCUGUUCUACUACUGACUUGCAUACGCACCUUCACCUGCAUUUCCACAGGAGAUAAUGUCAUAGGCUGACCAGAAGACAACUGUCCAGGCAGCCCACUGUCCUUAAGACAGAGAAGCAGGGAUAGAGCUAAAUACGUAAUAUGUUUGUGCUGUACUUUAUGACAUUGUACAUAGCUUCAGAGGCUCUUUGCCCUUCAUGAUGCGUCAGUUCCUUUGGGGGAUUAUUUAUGUCCCUUAUUUAAUAACCUCUGGUGGGAGGGAUAGAGCACUGGGCCUGAUAUCAAGUGACUUAGUUUUUGCCUGACUAAGCCGUCAUUGUGCUCCAUGGGUCUGAUCCAGCCCACGUCCAUCUCUGACCUAGUUCCUCCAUUGGUGAAAUCAGAAUAUAGACAAUUGUUCCAGGAGAUGCUUUGUGAUGGGAAGGACUGCAGAAGAGGAAAACACACUGAAUUUGCAGGCAUGUCUGCCAAUUAAAAUGCUCAGCACUUGCAAAGGUCUGUGAAAAGUUAGAGCAUUUUUUAACCACUGAUUAAUAUGCCUGUCGUAUUUUGGUCGAGUGGCUGAACAGUGCCCUCUCCCUGAGCAAAUGCACCGGUUAAUGGCUUAGCUUUCAGAUGCACUCACUGAUUGUCCCAUAUGCUUUUCAGUUCAGUAGGAACCUCAUCCCCAGUCAGUCAGGUGCUAGAAACGGAAACCCCGAAGACAGUGCUGAUCUUGAGUGCCUUGCCAGACACCAAACCCGGUGAAUUGGAGAUAAAGAUGGGAAUG